AUGGGGGAGCGGGGCUCGGCCGCGCUGGCCUGCGUGGGACGGGGCGCCGAACCGGCAGGCUACAAGGACUCCUUCCGCACGCUCAAGUGGGCGGCCUCUGCCGGUAAUGGGGACGACCCAUGGCUGUCACGCCACGGUGACUUGCGCCGUGUGUUCCUGACCAGCGAUAACACCGGUGGGAACAUUGUCCACAACGUCGCUAUGAUGGCCACCGCAUGCGCAUCAUCAGAGCCACGGAUCAAGGGUGCGGUCCUCCUACACACUGGGUUCAGGGGCAGCGAGCUCAUUGACGGUGAGGCACCGACGUCUAUGGCGAUGAUGGAGAAGCUAUGGGCGAUUGUGUGCCUCGGGGCGACGGACAGCAUGGACGACACGUGGGUCAAUCCCCUGGCCAUCAUGGCACUGAGCCUAUGGGACCUGCUGUGCGAGAGGGUGCUUGUUUGUGCAGCGGAGCUAGACUCCCUGCUGCCAAGGGACAAGGCGUACUAUGAGGCCAUCAAGGCAAGCGGGUGGUUUGAGUCCAAGGGCCAGGACCAUGUCUUCUUCCUCUUCAAGCUUGUCUAUGAUGUGGCCGUGGCACUCAUGGAUCGACUGGCCAUGUUCUUUCUUGGGAAAUGGAAUUCAUCAUGUGUAAGAUGUGGAGAAAGAUUGAGAUGA